ACUGGUCUACUGCUGCUGCUGCUGCUGCUCAUUGAAGACUUGCAGCUGAUAUACCUAUAUCGUCUACGGUAUAUACAUAUAUAGCGAGUGCAGAGAGUUGAGCAAACUCUCGACGUCUCGAUUUACGAGAAACAUAUACCUAUUAAAGCGGGAGCAACGUCACUUCACUCCGUUGUCUGCACUCCUCAGUAUAUACAUACACGACCAAGAUGGAGGACGUUCUGGACGAAAUUGUCUCAACCGAGGAUUUGAAAAAAUUCGAGAUUAUGUACAAUAAGCAACUGCAAGGAGAAGCAGUAGACACAAAUAUUCAAUUUCAGUACGCAUGGUGUUUGGUCCGAAGUAAAUAUCCUGUUGAUAUCAGAAAAGGAAUAAUGCUGUUGGAAGAUCUUUUUAACAAAACUGGAGAAACAGAAAAAAGAGAUUGCUUGUAUUAUCUUGCCAUUGGUAAUGCCAGGAUUAAGAAAUACCCAGAAGCUAUGAAGUACGUCAAAGCUUUUCUACAACUUGAGCCAAGUAAUGAACAAGUACAAAGAUUAGAACUUUUAAUAAAGAAAAAAAUGGAAAGAGAGGGACUCAAAGGUAUGGCAAUAGCUGGAGGAGUAAUUGUUGGAAUUGCAAGUGUAUUAGGCUUGGGAAUAGCGAUGGCUAAAAAAGGAAAAAGAACUUAGCCAUUCAAAUUAUUCAAGUAAUUUGUACUGUACAAAAGAUCAAAAUCUUUGCCCAGAGGCUGGAUCCUCAAUUUGAUUCGUGACUAUGUUUUGAUAUUUCAUGUCAUCUUUGGCAUUCCCUCGUUGUUCACUGUGUUUUGUGUAAAAGAUGCAUAAUCUUGCUUGUUUUUUUUACUGUACACAAUAAUAGUACAUUUACAAUUAAUUUCAUAUUUAUACUAAUACGUCUUGUCAAAUUAAACAAGCCCUGAUUAGUCAUUAGGAAAAGUCCAUAGUCAUGCCUUAAAGUUUGUAAAUAAAUAGCUCACUAACAUUUUAAUUGCUUUUCUAAAUAUCAAAUAGUGAAUCAUCCACCAGUUUGUUAUUUUACAAAUAUGCAA